ACCAAACUCGUUGCUGUCCUCGGGGCCACAGGCACACAAGGCGGUUCUGUUGUAACCUCUUUGCUUGCUCACGGUGGUUACUCCAUUCGUGCUAUCACUCGCGACACUACCUCUGCUAAGGCUCAGGUACUCAAAUCGAAGGGUGUGGACGUUGUAUCCGCUACGCUCUCUGACAAGGCUAGCCUAGUCGAGGUAUUCGAGGACGCGUAUGCUGUCUUUGGCGUGACGGUCCCGUUCACGCAGGACAGCGAGGAGGUACAGGGACAUAACAUUGUAGAUGCGGCGAAAGAGGCCAACGUGCCGCUCCUGAUUUGGUCGUCGUUGCCGAACUCGACCGAGAGAUCUGGGGGAAAAUACACAACAAUCCAUCAUUUCGAUCAGAAAAGCGCAGUCGACAAGUACAUUGCCGCCUCCAGUCAACCUACUGUGAUCUUGCACACAGGUGGGUUCGCGGAGAAUCUGAUCAAAUACCGCCAGCUACAGCGAGACGCGUCUGUUCCGAACAAGUGGAACAUCGUGUACAGUGGUCUGCGUCCGGACGUCCUCGUUCCAUGCAUUUAUAUUGGUGCCGAUCUGGGGAAUAUUGUCGUUGCUAUGAUCGAACAUUGGAAA